AUGGCCUCAGACGACUCCCGAUUGGAAACACUCAUCAACCAGUGUCGAAGCAAUGACGUGGAUGUCAAAGUUGAUGCUCUCACUAAACUCCAAGCAGAACUCGAGUCAGGCAUUGAGAUAAAUGACCCUGACGGUCUCGUUCAAGUACUCAAAGCCUGUCUACGCACCUCUAACCAACAUCUCACAACCGCGACUUUGGCGACACUUCCUCCUUUGCUGCCUAUUCUCAUUGCACCAGCAUUGGCAGAUGCGCAACUCUCCACGUCUUCCAGCCAGCCCGCCUCCGUCGUGGAUUCAUUCACCCUUCGUCAGGUGUUGGUCGCGUUUUUGCCUGCUGGUGGUCUGAUUGAGCGGCUGGGAGACAAGGAACGAGCCCAAGUAAAGGCACGCGAGGCACUGAUUAUUCUGGGAGGGUUUGCCUUUCGCUCCGGAGCAUCUAGUUCAAUCGCGUCAAACCAAUCGAAGGGGAGCAAAGGGCCAGAAACGCCACUCAUGAUGUUUGAGAGACACAUACGGGAACUGGGCUUUGCGAGUAAGGUGUGGAAGGUCCGUGAACAAUGUCUGCUUACUCUCGUUCAUAUCCGACGAGCUCACCCUCAAUUCCCCAUUCGAGUCUAUCUCUCCCAACUCGUCGAUACGCUUGAAGACACUGAUGCUCACGUCCGUGAUUGUGCGCGUCAAUCUGUUAUUGAGCUUUUUUCGGGACCUAGCGUGUCUGAUGCAGCGCGUGCCGAUCUCAAGAAAGAAAUGACCAAAAAGAACGUCCGCAAAACCAUUGUCGACGGUGUGCUCUCCAAACUCAUGGGUCUCGGCGGCAGUGUGAGUGGAAGCAAUCCACAAAGUCGAGAGGGCUCUGAAAACGGCGAUACAACAAUGAAACCCAAAGAAUACGUUCCUCCCAGUAUGGCCUUGGCCGGUCGGCGACCGACGAAUGCCAAUUCAGUCAGUGGGCCGUCGCGGACUGCCAGCACCCACUCAACAAAUAUUUCUCGCCCUCCAAGUCGCGCUGCCGCAGUUGAGUCCCCAAGCGGAGCUGCCACGCCAACAACAGAUGGUAGUGAGGCUGUGAGACCGGUUUAUAUCGCCUCAAGCCGAGACUUGGAAAAUGAAUUCGCCGCCAUGCACAAACCUUUUGAUGGUAAAGAAACGGAGCAUAAUUGGGCAGAUCGAGACCGCGCUGUCUUACGAGUCCGAGGUAUGGUUAAGGGCGAAGUCCAUGUCCGCUUCGCCGACGCAUUUAUGGCCGGUUUGAAGGAGUUCAUGCCCAUGUCCCUGAAAACGUUGGUCAGUUUGCGCACCACAGUGGCAGUUAGCACUUGCUCUCUGUACGUGGAGCUCGUUGCUGCCCUGGGUUCUGCUCUCGAUCCGUUCUCCGAUCUUCUGUUCACAAAUCUGCUCAAGAUGGCAGGCUACACGAAGAAACUUACUGCCCAGCAUUCACAAGCAGCGGUUACUUCUCUUAUUGAACAAACAUCAACUCCGCCUCGCAUCCUUUUGCCUCUCAUUUGGACAUGCAUUCAGGAUAAAACCGUUCAGACAAGGUCAUAUGCCAUCAUACAUCUCAAACAGUAUCUUGAACUUCAUGGCCAACGGUCGAAACAUGGCAUUGAAAGUUCGGGUGGGUUGGACAUUCUGGAGAAAUCACUGAAAAAGACUCUGGGUGACGCCAACCCCGGCGUCAAAGAGUCCGCGCGGUUGUGCUUUUGGGUUUUCGACGGUAUAUGGCGGGAUCGUGGCCUUUUAAUUCUAGGCAGUCUGGAUGCAUCAGCAAGGAAACAACUGGAGAAGGCUUGCCCCAAUCCCGAUGUUGCCGCACAAGUUCUUCCGCCAACAACUCCCAAACCCGCAAAGAAGAGCAGUGUUGCAGCUGCUAUCGCUGCGAGUCGUGCAAAGGCAAAGGCUAUUGCAACGGCACCACCAACCCUCCGCCAUCAGGCUACUUCGACUUCCCAUACUGGACCUGUUCGAAGGCCGGUUUCUCCCAAUGUUUCACCAAGAAAUUCAAUGGUUGCGCGUCCAUCAUCUCCCCUGCGAAUGUCAACUACUUCAACGUCAUCACCAUCUUCGCCACCUCGUACUUCCCCUCCUCCCCCGCAACGAUCCAGAAUCGUAUCAAACGGAAUUUCGCGUUCGAUCAGUGCGGAGGCUGUUGUCGGUUCCACAUCUGGCCCUCCAUCCCCUCCUUCUCCAUCAGACAGCAAUUUCCGUCGAAGGACUUCGUCUCCUUUGGCGUCUGGUGUCGGUGCUUCGGCACGAGCUUCGACCAUUCGUAAAGCAAUACGGGGUACAUCACCUGGCUCACCCGUUGAUGCAACUUCCUCGACACCCAGAAACGGUGUUGCGCGGAAUUCGGCUGUCCCGGUAAACGUCAGACAUUCUACUCUGUUUGCACAACCCUCCCUGGACGAUGAGUCUUUGCUUCUGGCUCAGACUGUGCCAAUCCCACACAGCGAUAGCGAUUCAGAGAGUAUGGACCAGAAUCUGCUAUCUUUCUCCGCAGCGUUUGAGAAAUUCGGCUCUCCCCCAGCUCGACAAAGUGCAUCACAGAAAUCGCCUGAAAUUUCUAAUGCGUUGUCCUCUGGCUCCAUGGACACAAACGCUGGACAACCUGUCGUAGAGGAUGCAUUGAGGGCACGUGCUGAGCAGGCCGAAAGCGCUGCGGAAAGACUACUGGAAUUGGUCGAUUCCGACGACGAGAACAUGAAUCAUUCGACGAUUCCCAGCUCACUCCUUGUGGGUACUUCAGCCGCCAAGCCCAAGUCAAAACCGACGCCGCUUCCUGUCAAGCAAAUCCAGGCCAAAGCGCCUGCUACACCGCUGAAUAGAACAGCGGCGGUGAUGAAGCAAGCGGCUCUAUUCCAAAAUAGCCCAGCCGGCGCGCAAAACUCGACCUCUCUGAUGGACGUGUUGGAAGAGCAACAUCACCAGACGGGUUGGUGGUUGAAGCGGAAGAAAUUGAUCACUCAAAGCACUCCCUUUAGACCCAUUGGUGAAGGCGACCGAAGCCAAGAGCUUCAAGGCUACAUUCAAGCGCUGGAGAAUUCAGGCGAUGUCCAUACUCUCCAAAAGAUCGCUCUUCUUGCAGUCGAGAACCCCGUCAGCGAUGCAGCAGCUUCACCGCUAAGUCCCGAGUUCGCAUUGCCCACCAGUCCUUCACCGUUCGUCAACGCAUCACAUUCUCUGCCUUCACUACACACGGAUAUGUGGUCCAAGAACAAAAACUUCGAUCGACUGUUCAAUGCUCUCUUAGCCUUUUUGCAGCCUGAAAAGAGCGAAGAAGAGCUCGAGUAUGGGCUGAUUGCUCUUUGGGAAUUACUCGAGAACCAAGCCACCUACGUGGAGGGUCGCGAAGGCGAGGUUUUCUCGCUAUUACUCCGCAUGCGUUACUGCACCCACCAUAAUGUUCUGGAGGCAACAAACACAGUUCGCGACAUGCUUGUGACGCGAAUCGAGCCAGUGUAUGGUCUGACGACGAUUCAUGCGAGUCUACGGGCGUUCCAUGCCGAGGCUUGCCCUCCAGGUAUCGCAGAAGAGGUCAAGACUGCUACCUACGCAUUCGGGCUCAUCGCUCUCGGCAAGUUUAUUCUGCGUCUCCCUGCAGAGGUUGCUGAAGAGGAACUGCCUCGGCUGAAGCCAACUCUUAUUUCGGCACUCAAUAACCAGUCGUCCCUCGUCACUCGAGAGUCUGCCGCGACUGUUAUCAUUGCUGCUCAACUAGCACUGAGGGACGAGACGCAUUUGUUCACGUUACUGGACGGGCUGGAGGACAGUCAGAAGAACUUGCUGACAUAUCUCUUCUCGAAGCACGGCGCACGUGCAGAGGGAAACUCUACGGGGGCAUCCCGGCUGGAGAAGGAGAUGCGGAGACUAGACAUUAGAACGAAUACGCCGGCACGACCUCAGACAUGA